AUGGCUUCUGAACGGAAUGCCGUGUAUUGCACGCUGCUGCUGAGCGACAACUACCUCCCAGGUGCCAUGGUCCUGGCGCAUUCCUUGCGCGAUAAUGGGUCGACUGCGAGGUUGAUUGCGCUGUACACGCCAGAUGCGCUGCGCCAAGAGACGAUCAAGGAGCUCCAGACUGUUUACAACGAAUUGAUCCCGGUGCACUCGCUUGUGAAUGGCCAGCCCGCCAAUCUAUGGCUGAUGGACCGACCCGAUCUCAUCGCGACCUUCACCAAGAUCGAGCUUUGGCGCCUGACCCAGUUCAACCGGAUCGUCUAUAUCGACUGUGACGUCGUGGCCUUGCGAGCGCCCGAUGAGUUGCUCGCUUUGGAGGUAGAUUUCGCGGCGGCCCCGGACGUAGGCUGGCCGGACUGUUUCAACAGUGGUGUCAUGGUCCUCAAGCCAAAUCUAGAGGACUACUAUGCCUUGAACGCACUCGCGGAGCGGGGAAUCAGCUUUGAUGGUGCCGAUCAGGGCUUGCUGAAUAUGCAUUUCCGGGACUGGCAUAGACUGAGCUUCACGUAUAAUUGCACCCCGAGUGCGAACUACCAGUACAUCCCCGCAUACAAGCAUUUCCAAAGUACCAUCAGCAUGAUCCAUUUCAUCGGGUCGCAGAAGCCGUGGAACUCGCCCCGACAUGUGCUGCCCCUGGACGCGCCGUACAAUCAGCUGCUGGGAAAGUGGUGGGCGGUUUACGACAAGCACUACCGUCCUCCUUUUGCGUUUAUUCCGCCUUCGCAGGAACCACAGACGCAUGAAGCACCGUACUAUGUACCGGAAAACGCCGUCCAGAUCUGGCCCGAACCGCAACAUGUCCAUCAUCCAGAGCCGGAGCCUACAAGUCAUCGCCAUGAGGAGGAGCAUUCGGACGGUAAGAUCCAGGAGCAUGUUACGAUCUCUGAAGAGCAGGAGGGAUCGCAUGGACAUGCCGAGACAGACCAGGCGCCAUCUUUGCCGGUACCGACACUAAGCGCAGUGCCACAGUACGUCCGAGGUGAAGAGCAUGUCUCGACCUGGAUACCUCCACAACCUCAUCUCCCAGCUUCGACUUUCCACCCGCAACCACAUAACGAAGAGCACCCAGCAGCCCCAGAGGAACGCCACGAACAUCACGAACCGUCCCACGAUGAAAGUCACAUUCACCAUCCCCAGCCUGUACCACCACCGCCAGCCACCGAAAUCUUCCACCGUCCUCCAUCACCGGAGCCUGAAUCUCCCAAGUUCGAGGCACCAAAGGUAGAAUGGGACGCAUCGCGAGAGCCACCACCCCUCAACUCCAAGCCGGAAGGAAUCAGCCUCGAACAAAAGACCUACACCAUGUCCGAAGACACAACCCUCUUCCAACCACCCCCGUCAUAUCCGGAAGCGCCGAAAAACAUGUACUAUCAAGUCCCCGUCACAAAGCCUGAACCGCAAAAGAUCUCCCAGAUCUUCCCUUGGGAGAGCCACGCCCCAAAACCAACUCGCGUCUUCGCAUACGAGCAACCCAUCCCCACCACCCAGCACCACCCCCCUUACAAACCUUCAGCCGAAAAAUUCGAAAACUACUCCCACUCCAACGCCUGGGACGAAGACCCGCAUAUCCAGCGGUACAUUGAAUCCAUCCAAGCCGCGCGACGAGCCCGCACACAAGUGCUAUCCGGCAAUCCAGCCGGCAGCAUGUCACCUCAAGAAUUACCAACCCAUGCAAUAUCCGGCCACCGGCCCAGUAUCCUGCUAACCGACUUCCCGACGGAAGUCGAGCGACCCAGUCUCCCCGUGACGCCGGCUCCGAUCGAGCGGCGACCGGGCAACGACGACUACGUCUCCGCGACAGCCCUCCCUGCUGCGGAGGGAGUGCCGGAUCAGGAGGACUGGGUGGGUGUCACGGUUGAUGCGUUUUCAACCCUCUUGAGAGCAACCUACUUAUUCUGGCAAUCUACAGAAUCCAAUGGAGAGGCUCGAGGUGCUGAGGAGGGAGUCCGUGGGGCGGUUGUCUAG